AUAUUUCGAGUUUUUAUUGUUUUUUUGUCACUAUUUUACGAUGCAACAUGACGAUGUGGUAUGGAGUAUCAUCAACAAAUCAUUCUGUUCUUACAAAUCCCAAACAAAAACCCAAAAAUUCUGUAGAAACGAAUAUAACCUGACAGGUUUGUGCAACCGAUCCUCAUGUCCACUAGCGAAUAGUCAAUACGCUACCAUCAAAGAAGAAAAUGGUAUCAUAUAUCUUUAUAUGAAAACUGCUGAAAGAUCAGCAUUUCCUAGGAAAACCUGGGAGAAGGUGAAACUAUCCAGGAACUUUGAGAAGGCCAUACACCAAAUUAAUGAGAAUUUAUUAUACUGGCCUGGAUUUAUCAAGUCAAAAUGUAAACAGAGGUUUGUGAAAAUAACUCAGUAUCUUAUUCGGAUGAGAAAACUGAAGUUGCGUAGGCAAAAACUCAUUGUUCCCAUUCAAAGUAAAAUAGAAAGAAGAGAGAAACGUAGGGAAGAAAAAGCUCUGAUAGCUGCAAGAAUAGAAAAGGGUGUAGAGAAAACACUGUUGGACAGAUUGAAGAAGGGUGUCUACAAAGAUUUAUACAACAUUUCACAGAAAGCAUUUGAUGAUGCUGAACAAGAGAAAGAAUUAGAAUCAGAUGAGGAAGUGGAAGAAGAACAGGAAUUGGAAAAUGAAUUGGAGAUGGAGCAAGAAGAUGAUGGACCUGAAUUUGUAGCAGCAGAUUCAGAUGAUGAGAGUGAUUAUGAGAGUGAUAGUGGCAAGGCUGAAAUUGUUGACUUUGAUGGCAGUUUUGAAUCUUCAGAAAACUCUGAUAUUGAAGAUAUAACACCAAGUUUGCCAAUGAAAAGUAAAACACCUCUCAGCAAAAACAAGGCAGACAAAUAUGGUUCAACUGGCAAGAAACUACAAAGACCAAGGGUGGAAAUUGAGUAUGAACUUGAACAAGCUGGGUCAUCAAGAGAAAAAGUUGUGUAAUCCAAUAUGUUUUGCAAUUUUAUUAAAUAUACUGAAACCAUUCCUCAUUUUUUCUUCUACUUCCAAUAACUGCCAA